UAGUACAGGUACAACUCGGUACACGGCGCUAUUAACUUAGUUAAUAUGAAACGGUAAACAUUGAAUCGGCUCAGUGAGGUGACCUAGUCGAAACAUGCCGUCAGUUGAGACAAGCCGGGUUUGUUGCGUGUGUAAGAAGGUGUUCUGUUGCAUCCAAUGCCGAGAACGACAUCAAAAGAAAAAACAUUCAGAGGAGGAGUUGAAAUGUCCGCUGUGCACGAUCCAGAAAUUUCCAUUACAGACGCUCGAAGAUAAAUCGCUGCUUUGUCAUAUAGCGGCCGCUCAUCUGCCACUGCAUUGCACUCUUUGCGGGGAAUUAUUCAAGCAGAGCAAAGACCUGGAGUCGUUUGGCACCUGCAAGUGGUGGAAGUCUCGACAUCGGCACAAUCUGGUUUCGGGCCAAAAGUCCGAGCUGAGAACGCCGCCGUUGAUCGAUGGAAAGGAAAACGAGUACAACGGGAACUUCGCGUCCUUGACCUCACCUCCGGAGUUGUACAGGAAUACUAGCACCCCCAUGGUGAUCGGACAGAAGAUCAAGCUGGAUUUAAAGACCCCGAUAGUUCCAGAUUUCUCCUUGAAAACACCGAAGACGAACUCCCCGUCGUUGAAGAGUCAGAUUCACAGCGACUUCCGGGACAGUACCGCCAGCAACUAUGCGAGCUUCCCGUCUUCAGGUUCGCACAAGGAAACGCCUUUCCGAUCAGUGAGUCGCAGCAACACGGACUCUGUGCUUCCUAAAGGCAACUCCAGAAAGCUGGGCGUCAUGAAGGAACAGGAAGAACACAAUUCGAACGUGCAUUCCAGCGUGAAUCAUGCGGUCGAGGACAUGGAGCUGACCGGUGUCGAAGGCGAGACGGUGAAUAACUUCCAGGGGAGGCGAUCGGAUUCUUCGAAGAAAGUACGAUUCUCGGAUCAGUACGAGUCUACCUCGGAGUUUAGUACCCGCAGUAACGUUAACGUUACCGAAAACGAAGAGUACUUCGAGGCCUGCGAUACCAUAUCCGACUCGCGGAUGCAGGUUUGCGAAGAGAACGCGAAGAAUAUACAGAAAGAAAAUUGCAGCCCGAACAGAGGCAACGCGAGUGUUAAUAAACCCCCUAGUUCGACGAGGGUGGUGGUGAUGAUGGUCGUGGAGAACAGUUCCAUCUAUUCCACCAGCGAUCUUAUAAACACUGGCUUGAAGAAACUGGAAUGCAUCACUUCCAAACAGUGCGACAGCGGCCAUAGUUCUCCUGGUUGCAGUUGUACAACGGGCACCGUCGAUACGUAUUACAACAUUACGAGCCAGGAGUCUUAUUCGACGUCAAACAGAACGAUCGAAUUCAUCAGGAGUGAUUCUACUUCGUCGAAUAGCAGCGGCGACAGUGCGAGCUCCGCGGGGCUUUUUUAUACGGUAGCUAACGCAGUGAAGUCUGUCGUGAACAGUAUCUCUGCUAUGACGAUGUCCCGGAAUAUUGAAAGGGGACAAGUGUCUCCCUCGAAAUCAGACGCGUCCGUUCCAGUGUCGCAGUUUCUUACCGCGUUCACACAGAGACCUGGAAAACGUUCCAGAGACAUUCUAGAUAGCUCACCGCAGAGGCAAAUGCGUUUAGGAUUCUCACAAUUCGAGCCUACGAGUCCGCUUCGAAAGCGACAUCGUGGGAAGAUCAAGGCUCGGGACCCGAUGCCCAGGAUGCUGUCUCCUAGAGGAGUGUCUUCGGAGACACAAGUUUUUCGUCAGGGUUCAUUAUCCGUUGGCGACACGGUUCUACCCCUACCUUCAAGGGCGCACCAAUCUUCGCAAACUGAUUGACGUCGAAUUGCACGUGCAGAGUAUUUAUUAUAUAUUUAACUUAAUAUUGUAUUCUAUCGUAAUGAAAAUUAAUUUAUUAUUUUAUUUUAUCGUGACUUAUUAUAGCGUUUAAAUUAUUUUGUGUAACGUUACGUAUUAAAAGUGCUGUGUUUUAAAAGAUCUAAUAUAUUUUUACACAGUUGACGAAUAAUUACUUCUUAUGCAUAAAUGAUGUUUGCAAAACAAAUAACAUAACUGUGAUCGAGAAAAUAAAUAUGAAAUCAUGUAAAAAUGAAGAUAUCGAUAGAAUAGAAAUCUUACUAGCAUCGAAGCACAAUCGGUAAAUCAGCGAAUGUUUACUUAAUUCUGUUUUUGAUGUUUUUCGGCAUUCGAUGGAUAAAAUACUUGUUAUGCAUAAAUGAUUGAUAUUUGUAAAACGAAUAACAUAACUGUGAUUGAGUAAAUAAAUGUCAAAUUAUGUAGAAGGGAGGAAAUCGAUAGAAUAGAAAUCUUAUAACCAUUGAAACACGA